GACAUUAUUUUCUUUUAAGUGCGACUGAUAUAUCGCUGGGUUGGGAACCGGACGUUCAUCUAUAUUUAUAUGGACUGUAUCUGCGUUUGAGUUCAUUGGCAUACGCACAAAAUGUUGAAGAACAUGAAUGCGUGGCCGGUUUGGUUGACGUGGAGACGACGGAAAGGAAAUCGAUCUUUGCUAUUGAUGUGGAAAUGUUGACGAUAUCAGCUGGGCUAGGAGAUGGUGUGGAGGUUAAAUUUAAUGCACGAUCAAUUUUUACUGAGAAUGCUUUCAUAGGACUGCUUGUUGAAGAGCUUAUGCUUGCUUUGAACGGAUCUCGAGUACUGAAAACUACAAGAAUGCAGCUAUCAAGAAUCCCUACCGUCCUUGGGACUGGGUAGUACAAGGACUCGAUGUUAAUAUUUGCAUGCCAUACAAACUGAAGUUGCGCGUCAUAGCUGAUUCCAUUGAAGAGAAGUUGCGAGACUUGAAGCUUAUAACUGAAGCUGAAGAAGAAAGCUUGGAGCCUAAGAAUUCAAGUCCAGGUUUUGGCCGGUUAAGAUUUUGCAUAGGAAGGCUAAACGCAUAUAUUGAGGAAGAACCUAUCCAGGGUUGGCUUGAUGAACACUAUCUGCUGCUGAAGAAAGAAACAUGUGAGUUGGCUGUAAGAUUGAAGUUUGUUGAAGAUUUUAUACACAAAGCAAGUCAUAAAGGUGCAGAAACAAGUGAAAGAAAAAUAGUUUUUGAUGGGGAUAUGAAAUUGAUGUCCAUGAUCCUUUAGCUAUUAGCAAAGUGAAGGAAGAGAUUCAGAUACAGUCGUUUUGAUCAUAUUAUCAAGCAUGCCAGGGUUUAGUUCCCACGGAGGGUUCAGGUGCUUGUAGGGAGGGAUUCCAGGCAGGUUUUAAGUCAAGUGCUGCUAGAAACUCUCUUCUUUGGGUUUGCGCCACAGACUUUGAUUUAAACUUGACGGCAGUUCGUGGCUGUGAUGAUGAUGCUGGGUUGAUGGAAGUCUUGAGAAAGCUUGAUCCUAGUUGUAAAGAAAUAAGUGGAAGCAAGGUUAAUCUGAAAACUGGAAGCUUGGUGGUUAAGUUAAGAAAUUACACACUUCCUCUUCUCUCUGCGAGUUCUUGCAAAUGUGAAGGUCCCAUUGUUCAACAGGUAUCAUUGUUUUCUUGUUAUGAUUAAUCUUUGUUAUUAUCUCUCACUUGACUGGUUAUUGACUUCUUGAAAUUGUUCUCUUAAACUAGGCGAUGAGUUCUCAGCCACACUCGGAUUUGCAAAUGAGUCCAUGUGCCCGGCCACAGGUUUCCAACGAGGAACAAAGCUUACCUUGGUGGGAUAAUAUGAGAAACAACGUUCAUUGCAAUAUCACUUUAUCUUUUUCUGAAUCGUCCAAGUGGAAUGUUCUUGCUACAACAGAUCCAUAUGAGAGUCAAGGUAAACUCCAAAUAGUGACCGGUCCUAUCGAAUUUAAGCAGUCAGAUGGUCGUGUGGUUGUUAAUGCUAAAGACUUUUAAGAUAAAGUUGAGGAGUCGACACUCUCUAAAUGUUCCAGCUGGCGGCAACUCUGGAGCUGCGUUUUUCGAAGCCCCGCUGUUUAAUAUCGAAGUUACAAUGGACUGGGAAUGCGAGCCUGGGAGUUCUUUGAAUGUUGUUGAUCCGCUCAGAUCAGCAUCGCUCUCGCUUCGAUUCAAUUUAUCCCUUAGACCCAUUGACAAGAAUGAGAGCAUGUCUCGUUCAUCACCAACAAUUAAUCUUGGAGCACAAGAUUUGGCAUGGAUACUCAAGUGCUGCAGUUUGUAUAGUGAUCCUCCGCACAAGUUACGUUCUUUCUCGGGAAGGCCUAGGUUUGGAGUCCCAAGAGUUGUCCUAGUAGCUGAAGACUUAUCUCUAGAUCAGGUGAUGACGGAGUUUAUGGUCCGUGUAGAUGCCGCUCCUUUUCUAAUAAACUACGUGCCUAGUGACCUUGAUGACCCUGCCAAAGGAUUGAUUUUUGAUAUUAAAGAGCUAAAAUACGAAUUAUGCUACAGUCGCGGGAAGCAAAAUUAUACAUUAGAGUGCAAGCGGGAUGCACUUGACCUUGUAUAUCAAGGUCUUGAUGUUCAUGUGCCUAAGGGUUUUAUUAAUAAAGAUGGGCACAAGGGGGAUGAAAAGAAUCGUGAUGCAGGGUUUCUAUUGUAUUGUGAUUAUUGUACUAUUAGAAGACAGGCUCCAAAAGCUGAUAUUGAAAGACUAUCGGCAUGGCAGGAGGCUGGAAGAAAAAAUCUUGAGGUUACAUAUCUGCGGUCAGAGUUUGCAAAUAGAAACGAGAGUGAUGAAGAUCUACAAUCAGAUCCUAGUGAUGAUGAUGGAUACAAUAUAGUCCUUUCUGACAACUGUCAGCGGGUCUUUGUUUAUGGUCUCAAACUCUUGUGGACGAUAGAGAAUAGGAAUGCUGUUUUCUCUUUUGUUAGCGGAAUAUCGAAGGGGUUCGAACCUUCUCCUUCUCGUCAGUAUACGCAGAGCAAGAUUCUUGAAGGAAACCAAAAAAAUCAAGAGGAAACUUCAACAUCUUCUGCAAGCUCAGGAGAAAGCCGAACAAUUGAUAAAGUUGAGACCAGCGGAUCUCAUGAAGAAGGCACUAGUCACUUCAUGGUGAAUGUCAUUGAGCCACAGUCUAAUCUUCACUCAGAGGAGGCUAAUGUAAGUAAUCAUAUGCGUGAGAAUGUGCAUUCAACAGCUUUACCUGUUUUAGUGCGUGGUAACAUAGUUAACCAACCAAAUUGGCGCUGUUAUUGUUUUGGGUGUAAAGAGUUUGUUUACUCGUUGAUACACCUUACUUUGAUGGAUACCAGGGUCGCUUUCUGCUGGCUGCCGCUAGUGGUCGUGUUAUAGCACGAUCAUUUAAAUCUAUUAUGCGUGUUGACGAAGAAGUAAUCGUGCAGUUUCUUGGCACAAAAAGUUUACAGAGUCCAAAACGUAUUCCUGAAAUGACAUGCACAAGAUUGGAAUUUUCUGUGAUGUUAGAGCAUGUGCAGGCCCAUGUUGCUCUCACUGAUGUUGACCCAGGUGCUGGGGUGCAGUGGCUCCCAAAUAUUCGAAGAAACUCACCAAAACUGAAGCGUACUGGGGCUCUACUUGAAAGGGUUUUCAUGCCUUGUGACAUGUACUUGCGGUAUACCAAACACGAAGGUCUAUCCCCAGAUCUGAAGAUAAAACCAUUCGAAGAGAUUACUUUUAAUUCGCGGAAUAUAAAAGCUACAAUGACAUCUCGACAGUUCCAAGUUAUGAUGGACGUUUUGACCAUCCUUCUCUUUCCUCCAACGCAAGUAACCAAAACCUGAAUAAAAUUAAAGGAACGACCAUUUUCAUUUGUUCUUCUGUGUAGUUAAUUAUUAGCUUGAAAUAGGCACAAGUAAAUUUUAUAAUCCAUAUUUAUUCUAAAGCCACCAUUUCAACUAAAUGAUUCGUAUGGGUAAACUUCAAAAACUUGUUUUCUGUUUGUUUUGCAAGCAUUUUCUUGCAUUAUAAUGGAGUUCUUUUUAUGAAUCAGGCCUCGCAAAAGUAGUAUCCAUUUUCCAACUGAAGAUGAUGACGCUGUUGAUGAAGUAAUUCCGUACGGAAAUGAAGAAGUAGAAAUUGCAAAAAUCAACCUUAAAGAGAAAGAGUGGGAGCAAAAGUUGCUUCUUGAUGAUAUUCAAAUAUUGUCUCAUUAUUCCGAUAAUAUGGAAGACACGCAUGUGGAGAAAGAAGGUGACUCGUGGAUGAUUAGUUCCAGAAAAUCCAUACUGGUGGAAAGACUAAAGAAAGAGCUCUUAUAUGUACAGAAGUCUAGAAAGAUGGCUUCUGCAUCUUUAAGAAGUGCGCAGCAGAAGUCUGCAAAUCUGCAACUGAUGGAGAAGAACAAAAGUGCACCAUAUGCUAUGCGCAUUUCCUUGGAAAUUAAUAGGGUUGUUUGGUGCAUGCUUGUAGAUGGUAGAGCCUUUGCUGAAGCAGAUAUAAAUAACAUGAUUUAUGACUUUGAACGAGAUUACAAAGACAUUGGUGUUGCUCGAUUCACCACCUAGUUCUUUGUUGUUAGGAACUGUCUGUGUAAUGCAACUUCGGAUAUGAUUUUAUCCGCAUGGAAUCCUCCAUCCGAGUGGGGAAAGAAAUUCAUGCUACGUGUGGAUGCAAAGCAGGGAACACCAAAAGAUGGAAAUCAUCUUGAACUUUUUCAUGUGGAGAUUUACCCUCUCAGAAUCCAUUUGUCAGAGACAAUGUACAAAAUGAUGUGGGAGUACUUCUUCCCAGAGGAAGAGCAGAAUUCAGAAAGGCGACAUGUCAGAACUAGCAUCACAAAAUCAUCUCCAAUGGAAGUUUUGAAAGUUUCGACAACAGCUGGUUCAAAACGUGUAAAGAGACAGUUAGCAAGUCAUGAAUCUUCUAGCUCUUCUGCUGCAGUACAGUCACAAAGCAAUGUUGACUGUGUUCAAAAAUCCAAUAUCCUAGACGUUAGGUCUACCGCUGGUGUUUCAGCUGAUCAGGAAUUGAGACGAACUUCUUCUUUCGACAGGACUUGGGAAGAAAGUGUGGCAGAAUCUGUAGCUAAUGAACUUCUUCUACAGUCUUAUAAUAGCCCUGUCUCAUCUUCCAAUGACCAAAAAGGGGAGUCAUCUAGACAGAUGAAUCUCAAAAACGCAAAAACUGACAAGCCUCGCAGCUCUUCUCGCAGAGAAAAGAAGGCUAGAAAAAAACAACUGGAGAUGAUAAAGAUUUCCAAUAUUAAAAUAAGACAGGUGGAUGAGGAAUCAAGACUGGUUGUAAACGACCUGAGACUGUUGAUGGAUACAUUUGCUCGUGAUGAAUUUGCUGGGACCAGGAGGGGACUUUUUGCUCGUGUUAAAAAACACAUAAAAUGUGGAGUACUGUAGUCUGUUAUUGGAAUACAGGGGAAGAAAUUUUCAUACAAAUCACAAAAGAAUACCCAGUUUACUGACGAUGACCUUAAACUAAGUGACGAUGAUGAAAGUGUUACAUGGAUAAAAAAAGAUGAAAGCGGUGGAGCUGGGGAUAAUUUUGUAACUUCUGUUCGAGGACUCUUCAAUACCCAGAGACGCAAGGCGAAAGCAUUUGUCAUAAGAACUAUGAGAGCUGAAGCAGAAAAUGACUUCAACGGGAGUGGAGUGACAGUGAUGUUGAAUUUUCUCCUUUUGCCAGGCAGUUAACUAUAACAAAAGCUAAGAGGCUCAUCAGACGGCAUACUAAGAAAUUUCGUCCAAGUUCUCAAAGAGGUUUAACGUCCCAACAAAGAGAGUCACUUCCAUUAUCUGUAAAAGAUCUAGAGACCGAUGCAUCUGAAAGUUCUUAUUCAAGCGAAUCUUCACCGUACGAAGAAUUUUCCGGAUACAAAUCAUUUUGUCCAGACAUUGAAAAGAAUAGAUGUACCCUAAGCCAGUGCUGCCAAGUGACAAGUUUCAUUUGUAACAAAAUAUUAUAAAAGAGAAGAUUUAGACAACAAAAGAAGGGAAAGUUGCUUGGAUAUCUUGUGCAUAUGACUUAGUUUUGGUUUCUGAUCAUGCUUUGUCA